AUGAGAAGAAGGUUGUCGUCGUGGAAAUGCAGGUGUUUGUCGAUUGGAGGAAGAAUCACUCUAAUCAGUUCUGUUCUUAAUGCAAUACCGGUGUACUAUUUGUCGUUUUACAAAAUUCCAAAGGUGGUGCUGGCUGAAAUGGUGAAGUUGCAGAGGGAGUUUUUGUGGUGCGGGGGCAUGGAUCAGAGAUGCAUAUCUUGGGUUAGUUGGGCUGAGGUUUGUAGGAGUAAGAAGGAAGGCGGCUUGGGUGUUAGGAGUAUCGACAUGUUCAAUCAAUCUAUGUUGAACAAGUGGAGGUGGCAGUUUCAUGUCGACAAGGAAGCUAUUUGGAGACCUCUGUUGGUGCAUAGGUACGGUCCCUUGGAGGAUUCUAUUUUUAAUGGAAAGGAGUAUUCGAGAAGUGGCAAGAACUCGCUAUGGUGGAGGGAUUUGAGGUGUUUGGGACUCUCGACGGAUUCACUGGUAGACUGGUUUACAAAGCGCAUAUCUUUGGCGGAUUUAGAUGUGUUUGUAGGUGUGGAUGCGGAUGCCCAACAUGAGCUGCAGGACUUAAUCGUUAUGCUGGAAAAUAUCGGUCCAACAUGUGAGUCGGGUGAUGACAGCUUCAAGUGGGUCUCUAAUGGCGAGGGCAGCUAUCUAGUGACGGAGGGUUACAAGGCCACGAAAGAUUUGAUGGUGGGAGAGAUGCUUGAUAAUAACAAGGAGUCGGCAAUUUUUGUUUUGUGGAAAACAAAAUUUCCUUCAAAAAUCUAA